AUGUCUUUCCAUAUCUUGGAACUCUUAGAGGCUGCGGCCUUGAAUGCCCCUGAUAAAGGAUUGUACUUCUACAAAGCCGGAUCGGUAUCACCGCCUCAAUUUUUGUCGUACCAAGGGUUAUUGGCAAAGGCAAAGUUCAAUGCCGAAAUCCUGAAAAAGAAAAACAUUGCUGUAAAUGGCUCGAUCGUCCUUCUUCAUCUGGACUCUCAUGUGGAUUAUAUUGAGUGGUUCUGGUCUGUCAUUGCCGCCGGCGUCGUUCCUGCAGUGUCUACACCUCUCGCAUCGGACUUGGUUGCUCGAGAACGCCACCUGCUCCAUCUAGAGAAUGUUCUUGAAAGUCCAAAGGUCCUUACAGUCGAGAGGAUUCGCGGAGAACUCAGCUCUGUUCCCACGCUCGAUGUGACUUCUAUCGAAGCACUUUCGUUUUAUGCAAAAUCAACUGACGAAGUGAGAGUUAACGGAAAGGCGGACACGAAUGGUUACCAUACGCACCCGGACACGCCAGCUCUACUAAUGUUAACAUCAGGGAGCACGGGAAAUGCUAAAGCGGUAGAACUUAGGCAUGAACAAAUCCUAGCUUCCGUGAAGGGGAAAUCAGGUGCAUUGAGUACCACAGGUCAAGAUGUUUUCCUCAAUUGGAUAGGGUUUGAUCACGUCGCAUGUUUGUCGGAAAUUCAUUUGCACGCCAUACUUUGCGGUGCAGAUCAGAUACACGUCCCCGCCGUUGAACUCUUGCGCGAUCCUCCUAUGUUCUUUAGAGUCAUAGAGAAGCAUGCUGUGAGUCGCACAUUCGCUCCCAACUUCUUCCUUGCCACAGUCGUCAGGGCUAUUAGGAGCCAGAACCCGCAUGAGCAGUACAACCUCUCAUCUCUUCGCACUGUCGUAAGUGGUGGUGAGGCCAACGUCGUUUCCACUGGCUUGGAUUUUACCCAGAUCAUAGUGUCCAUGGGUGCGGCAGCUACAUCGCUGCAGACGGCAUUUGGUAUGACAGAGACCUCUGCCGCUAGUCACUACCACCAGAACUUCCCGAGCCUGGAAAAAAAUGCGGAUUUACAAUUCUGCUCUGUCGGUCGUACUAUAAACUCCGUUCGACAGCGUAUCACCGAUGAUGAGGGAAACGUUAUGUCCCCAGGGGAAGACGGCAACCUAGAGCUUUCUGGGCCUGCAGUGUUCAAGGCUUAUCACAAUAAUCCUGAGGCUACAGAAUCGUCUUUCUCGCCAGAUGGCUGGUUUAAGACGGGCGACAAAGGCUACAUUGAUAAUUCUGGAAAUCUGAUUCUGAGUGGUCGAGCCAAGGACUCAAUCAUCAUUAACGGGGUGAAAUACUUCUCACACGAGCUCGAGUCGGCCCUUGAGGGAGCCAAAAUCCCGGGCGUAACUCCAUCUUUUACGGCCUCUUUCUCUACCUGGCCCAAGGGCGCUGAUAGUGAGGAGCUGGUCAUUAUCUUCCUCCCCGAAGCGGGGAUUGAAGAUGACGACGCAGCUUUUGCUGCCACAAUUGACGCCAUUGGCAAGCAAUCAGCCCUCUACUGCUCAAAGAAUCCUAUAGACAUCAUCCCACUGCCUCUCGAACUUCUUCCUAAAUCCGCCCUCGGCAAGUUGUCCCGCCCUAAAUCAAAGAUCGCCUACGAAGCCGGCAGGUAUGACGAGUAUCGCUUCGCAGCUAAGGCGCGCGUAUCGGCCUACAAAAAGCGUUCCCGGGUCGCACCAACAACGGCAACAGAGAAGGCACUCGUUGAAGUGUUUGCAACGGAGUUUGGACUAGACAAAGAUGAGGUGGGCGUAGAGAAUAGCUUGACAGACAUGGGUGUGGAUAGUAUUCAGUUGAUUCGAUUCAAGGCAAAGGUGCAGGAUCACCUCAAGCUCGAUCAAGAAAUCCCCAUGAUUUCCCUCCUACAAAACCCAAGCAUCAAAGGUCUGGCAGAAGUCCUGUUGCAAUUGGAAAAGGGGGUUAAAGCAUAUGACCCAAUUGUGCAGCUUCAGAAUGGGACAUCCAACUCGCCCCCAAUUUUCUCCUUUCAUCCUGGUUUGGGAGAGAUCUUGGUAUUCUUGAACUUGAGCAAGUUCUUCUCUGAUCGUCAGGUAUAUGCCAUCAGAGCACCGGGAUUCAACCCUGGUGAAGAAAUGCAUAAAUCAAUUGAUGACAUGACCGACACCUACCUCACUGCCAUCCGCAAGAAGCAACCGGAAGGUCCUUAUGUGCUCGUAGGAUAUUCAUUCGGCGCCAUGAUCGCAUUCGAGAUUGCCAAGAAGAUUGAGGCCAGCGGCGGCGAAGUCGGCUUUAUCGGAACGUUGAAUCUCCCACCCCACAUCAAAUUCCGAAUAAUCGAGCUUGACUGGACCGAGCUCUUACUCAACCUGGUCUAUUUCCUUGGCUUCAUCACUGAAGACGAAGCUCACGCCAUGUCUCCCGAAAUGCACAAAUUGCCGCAGGAAGAGGUAUUGUCGAGAAUCAUGAAGGUGGCGCCCAAGGACCGUCUGGUUGAACUCGACCUGAACGAGAAGAAGCUGCAGCAUUGGGCAGCACUCUCCUCGAAGUUGCAAGGCCUGGCUCACAAUUACGAUCCCUCGGGGAUGGUCGAACGUAUGGAUGUCUUCUACGCGGUACCUUUGAUAGCCGUGGGCCGCGAUAAGGGCAAAUGGCUUGAAGACCAUCUCCUCGCCUGGAACGAAUUCGUACGGACCGAUGUCCAGUUCCACGAUGUCCCAGGGUCCCACUACACCAUGAUGAACCAGGAGAAUGUUUUUGAGCUGCAGAAAUCAAUGAAAGCCGCUAUGGCUAAGCGGAAUGUGCUAUGA